UAUAUAAUAAAUGUGUUAACGUGUAUCGUGCUUCUGAAAUUUCACAUCUUCCCAUUUCUUUUUCCGGUUUGGUUCCGGGGACUUUUCCUCUCCGAUCAGAAAGACAAGCUUCAACCCGUUGCAUUAGCUCUACUGAAAUUGAGUGCCAAAUUAUAUGUGACUUCCUUGUUCCUAGUUUAAGCGGUUAAGCAAAAUUUGAGGUUUCUGAUACUUUGGUUCCUGCUUUUCCAUCUCAUAUUACAUUUUGUGAGUCUCUGCAAAUACCGCAGGUUGUGGAGUUUUAGUUUAUAUAAACUAAGAUGUCUUCUCCAAGCAAGAGGAGAGAGAUGGAUGUCAUGAAGUUGAUGAUGAGUGAUUAUACUGUGGAGACGAUAAAUGAUGGGCUCAAUGAAUUCAACGUGGAAUUCCAUGGUCCAAAAGAAAGCCUUUAUGAAGGUGCGGUUUGGAAAAUCCGUGUUGAGCUUCCUGAUGCUUAUCCAUACAAGUCUCCUUCUAUUGGGUUUGUGAACAAGAUAUACCACCCAAAUGUUGAUGAGCUAUCUGGUUCUGUGUGCUUGGAUGUUAUUAAUCAAUCUUGGAGUCCAAUGUUUGAUCUGUUAAAUGUAUUUGAAGUUUUCCUCCCACAGCUCUUACUUUAUCCGAAUCCUUCCGACCCACUUAAUGGUGAUGCCGCAUCAUUGAUGAUGAAGGAUCGGAAGCAGUAUGAUCAGAAAGUAAAAGAAUACUGCGAGCGAUAUGCGAAGGAGGCUAUCACCAAUUCCACAGCUGAAGUGGAGAGUAGCGAUGAAGACAUCAGUGACGAAGAAAGUGGUUCUAGUGACGAUGAUAUUGCUGGACAUGCCGACCCAUAAUGAACUGGGUGUGUGCCAGCAGCAAUGAAAUCCUAUAAUAUACUAACUAAACUCUUCAAUUGUUACUAGUUGUAUGAUGCUAUGUUAUUUGCUUGUAGAAUCAUGAUUGAUGGAUACCGGAUAUUUCCAUUGUGACACCUGUACUGAUAUUUAAAGAUACAGGGAAUGAAAUGGAAAACAAAGGAACAGAAGGAAUCAACAAGUUAAUCCAUAUCUUUUUACUAAUGUUUUAUUA